UCGGAAAACAAUUAUUAUCCGUUUAACAUUAACUUGACGAUUGUGAAUUUCAAAGUGAAUAAAUAAAUUCUUUGGACAUUGAAAUUAUGAAAGAAAGGGAAAAUUAACGGUUCAUGAGACACGGUUACAUCACUGGGUCCGAAUGUAAAUUCCGCCGUUGUCGUGUUGGGACGUGGUGGGAACAGACGGGGCGUCGAGGGAGUCGAGAGUUUACGCAUUCGUGCUGCGAAGUGUGCAAGUUUAUUGAAGGAAAAAAAAAAGGUUUUGUGAGAUCAAAGUGAAAAUUCCUCCAUGAGAAUUGUGUAAAAAAGUUUGAUUUUCAAGUAGAGGAGAGAUCGAUAAAUAAUUGAAAGUUUGAUGCCUCGUUUGAGGCUUGGAUUUAAGACAUCUUGUAUUAUGGAGCUUGUAAAUCGUUAGAAGAAUGUUGGGAGACGAUCCACCUUAUCUAUCCGUGGGGACGGAGGUUAGUGCCAAGUACAAGGGUGCAUUUUGUGAAGCGAAGAUCAGAAAAGUCGUGAGAUCGGUAAAAUGUCGUGUAACCUACAAGCAAGGAUUGGGUACUGCAACAGUAACGGAUGAGCAGAUUAAAGGAACAUUGAGAGUUGGAGCAUCAGUGGAAGCGAGGCACAAUGAUCGAAAGGAUUUUAUUGAGGCAACAAUAACGAAAAUUCAGGAUUGUAGUCAGUACACGGUUGUUUUUGAUGAUGGCGAUAUCACGACAUUGAGAAGAACUGCUCUUUGUUUGAAAAGUGGACGUCAUUUUGCCGAAAGUGAAACAUUGGAUCAGCUUCCCUUAACGCAUCCGGAGCACUUUGGAAAUCCCGUGAUUGGCGGUAGACGAGGACGUCGAUCCCGACAGGCACAAGAUGAUAGUAGUGAAGACGAGGGAAGUCCUCCUAGAGGUUCACACGAUUCCGGCACAGGUGGCGAGGAGAAAGAAGGAUUGGAAGUUGAACCAGAAAUCGGUCGAGUCGUUUGCGUGGAACUCGGUGACAAGAAGAAGAAGGAUAAUUGGUUUCCUGGACUUGUAGUCGCACCAACGGCACAGGACACUGUGAGAAUUCGCGUCAAGGAUGAUUAUCUCGUUCGUUCGUUUAAGGACGCGCGAUAUUAUACAGUACCGAAAAAGGAGGCGACGGAAUUCACAAAAGAUUUAGGCAACAAAGUGGAGAAUAGUGCACUGAAGAUUGCCGUUGAAAAGGCACUUUUGUUUCUCGAGAAAAAUGAAUUGCCACCACAUUGGGAUAAGGAUUCACUGUUUGGCAAUUCGGUGUCAAGUGGAAAUAGCGAUUCUGAUGGUGAUAUUGAUUCAGAUAGUUCUGACGAUGAGCCACGUGAGGAGAAGGAUCAUUUUGUUGCGCAAUUGUAUAAAUUCAUGGACGAUCGUGGCACACCAAUUAAUAAUUGUCCAAUGAUCGGUGAGGAGGAUAUCGAUCUUUAUCGACUAUUCCGGGCAGUUUACAAAUUGGGCGGUUAUAAUCGUGUCACGAAUCAAAAUCAGUGGAAAAUAAUAACUCGAAGGUUGAGUUUUUCGAUGCAAAGCAAUCCAGCGACGCACAAUCUUGUCAAACAGGCUUAUAAGAAAUUUUUGCAUUCCUUUGAGGAUUUUUAUAGGAAGUUGGGUUGCACGAUGGUGAAUCAUCCUCGGGGCAGUGUGAGGAAGCAACGACCCGGUCGUAGUUUGAUACGCGAUAAGGAUAGGAACACGCCAAUUCCGCCACAAGUUAAGACUGAGAAGGAGGAGGAAGAGAAGAAAGUCGAGGAGGAGAAGAAGGAGAAGCGGGAAGUGAAAAAGGAAGUCGAGGAAGUGCCGAAAAUAGUCAAGAAGAAGGAAAAGGAGAAGGAGAAAGAAAAAGAGAAAGAGAAAGAAAAGGAGAAAGAAAGGGAGAAAGAGAAGGAGAAAGAGAAAGAGAAGGAAAGAGAGAAGGAGAAAGAAAAAGAAAAGGAGAAAGAAAAGGAAAAUCAAAAAUCGAUCCUUCUCGAAAAGGAGAAAGAGGAAUCGGAAAGUUUGAGUGGACAGGAGAGUGAUGUGAACGUCGAGGAGGAGGAAUCUUCAAGUAGUGAGAAUUCGAAGAAAGCGAGGUACAAUUCUCUGAAUAGAGGAAAGGCGAAGGAGGAAAAGAAACCUAAGGAGGAGAAGAAGAAAGUUCUCGAGAAGAAGAAAGUCGAGAAGAAACAGGAGAAAAAGGAGGAGAAAAUCGAGAAGAAGGAGGAGGACACUACGAAGGUGAGAACAAAAGCAAAAGAAGAGGCGACGAAGGGAAAAACAGUGGUGGAAACACGAGAAUCUAGAACUCCGUCCAGAGAAACGGAGAAAAAGGCGACUUUCUCGAAACAGAGACGUCUCACAGAGGAGGAAAUGAAGAAAAGAGGACGUAAACGUAAAGACACUGACGGUGAGAAGAGUCGAAGUACCGAGGAGCCGAUCGACUACGCCCCUUCGUACAAAGGACCCGUCGUCCUAGGCGAUAAAUUAAAAGUCUACUACGGCCCCAAUCACGAGUCGAAAGUCACCUACGAGGCGAAGGUCAUUGACGUCGAGGAUGACGACACUGAACCCCUUUAUCUCGUCCACUACACCGGUUGGAAUACAAGAUACGACGAGUGGAUCAAAAGUUCCCGAAUCGCCCAGAACUUCACCCAGAGUCAAGGCAGAGUCAAACGAACAAAAACCGUCUCCCGUCCUCCAACGCCAGGCUCCUCCGGAAAUGGUAAAUCGACAAAAGCCGUCACUCCCGUGUCCCAAACCCGAAGACGAGCGCAGAGUGUCGCUCCCACUCCAGGCACGCCGACAAUGCUCAAGGAGUCGAAAGUCAUCGACACCGACAAGGACGACGCCGAGUCGGACUACCUCGUCGACUACAGCGGCUGGAACACCGGAUUCGACGAUUUCUACAAAGGUCAAGGUCGCGUCAAGAGAAAAAAAGCCUUUCCCAGACCAGCGACUCCCGGACCGUCCGGCAAUGGAAAGGCGGUGAAAAAUCCCGUUACUCCCGUUUCACAGACACGAAGACGAGCGCAAAGUGUCGCACCAUCGCCAGGAACGUCGUCAAUGAGCAAAGAGGGAAAAAAAGAAGAAAAGGAACGAUCGACUACGCCCGUCUUCGGUCCCGGCGCCAAGAGUCCAGCGACACCGGCCACUGGGAGAUUGAGUCGAGCUACGCGAAACGCCGAGAGUGGCAUUGAAUUGCGACGACGAACGAGAAGAACUUCCGGUCACACUGACGUCACAGCUGCUUCCGAAAGUGAGGACACGGAUUCUUACGAAUCGGACGCGACCGAACCGGAGCAAAGGGCCGCCUCCAAGGAAAAGGAGGAAGGCACUCGACGCGAAGCGAAACGACGAGCGGAGACCAAAAUAAAAAUGGACGCCAGUGAAGGUGAGGACGAGAAGGAACCAAUCGAAGAACCCAGACGAGGGCGUAGACUCCGUAGAAAUUUGAACAAAAUCGCCGAAGUUAAAUCCGAACCCGAGAGCGAUGAGGAACAACCAAAAGGUCGCGAUUUCGAUCUCAAUCAAAUUCGCUCCGAAUUAAAGGGCUUCGACAAAGCUGUCAAGAUGGAAAUAAUUCGUGUCGAACCCGAAGUCGAGGAGGACGUGAAACCACCCAUCGAACCCGUUCUACCAAGUCCGGAAAAAAUUGAAAAGCUGGAAAAAGAAAAACUCGAGAAAUUAGAGAAACUAAAGCGAAUCGAGGAGGAAAAAUUAGAGAAACUGAAGCGAAUCGAGGAGGAGAAACUCGAGAAACUAAAGCGAAUUGAGGAGGAAAAAAAACUGAAGCGAAUCGAGGAGGAAAAAUUAGAGAAACUGAAGCGAAUGGAGGAGGAAAAACUCGAGAAACUAAAGCGAGUCGAGGAGGAGAAACUCGAAAAGAAAAGAAUCGAGGAGGAAAAGGAAAAGGAGAAGAAAAGAAUCGAGGAAGAAAAGGAGAAGAAAAGAAUCGAGGAGGAAAAGGAAAAGAAGGAAAUAAAAAUCGACAGUGAAACAAAAUCCACAGAGAGUACAGAGGACAUUUACGAAUUCAAAGAACCCGAACCAUUCGAAUUCGAAGUGAGAAACAAAUCCGGCGACAAGGAUAAACUAAAGAGACGAGUAUUCGACGACAAUGUGAAAAGUAGUCCGAAGAAAAAGCAAAAAACCUCGCCAUUGCCAAAGGAACCAAAAACCGACGAUACAGAACGAAAGAAAAUCAUUCGAAAACCAUUUAUGAAGAAACUUGACGAACCACCGCCACCAGCAGAAGAGAAUCUCUCCCGUCCCCUAUUGCAAUCAUCCUGGAAAUGUGAGGAGGCAUUCGACAAACUCUGCAAUGAGACAUACAAUCAAAAAACACCCAUUGUCGACGAAACGAAAAAUCUCGAUCUACUUUUCAACGAUCUACCCGGCGAUGACGAUUCCGCCAUUGACGAUCCCGAGGAUCGUUUAAUAAUCUCCGAAACUGAGACCGAAGAGAAUUUAUUCUCCUACCAACAGGAAAUAUUCCCACCAAGUGAAAUCGAGGAAAAAAUUAAAACAUCACCACCACCACCACCAACUCCACAAUUACCCUCCAUUCCAAUUGUCGAGGCGAAAUUGAAUUUGAUUUCAAAACCAUCUUCGCCGAAAAUCGAGAUAAAAACCGAUUUUCCCUCUAUUGUUCCAAUGCCAAUAAGUGCGCGACUUCCCGUCACUUCGUCAAUUGAGGAGAAAUUAUCCGCCGCCGCUGCUUUUCGGAACAAAACAAAAGAUGCGAAAAAAGACGACACCGAGCAGGAGUCGUUAAAAAAAUCAAUCUUCAAAGAAAAGGAAAAGAAAUCGGACUUGAAUCGUCGGGUGAAAGAGGAGAAAAUAAAAAUCGAAAGCGAGAAGAAAGACCUCGAGAGGGUGAAAAAAGAAGAUGAUGAGGAGAAGACUAUUCCAUUGUCGAAAGUCAAGGAAGCAGUCAAGGAAAUAGAGAGAAGAAUCGAGAGUGAAGCCUCCCAGAAACUAGAGAUAAAAAAAUUCAUCAAAACAGAGGAAAAGCAACAAGAGGAGAAAUGGAAGGAGAAAUUCCAGGAGGAGGAGCAAAAAACUCUGAAUAUUGAAUUUACGGACUCUACCGAUAGUAGUGAUUCGGAAAAACGACUAAUAAUCGACAAUGAAAUUGAUUUCAACGAAGAACCGAAAUUCGAGGUGAAAUUAACAAACGAACGCGGAGCGGUAAAAGGUUCCCUGGCCAAAAUUCUCCCCGAGAGGACAAUCAUCAAGAAUCCAAAGGAAAAAACCCCAACCGUCAAGAAUCAAAUAAAAAAUCUGGAAAUAAAGAAUCAGAAAAGUCAAGUAAUUAAAUCUCUCAAGAGUGAAAAAAUUAAGAAUCCAAUUUUAAAGAAGACGCAAGAUUUAAAGAUUGAGACAAAAGUAGAAAAGGAAGAAAAACAAAUUGAUAAGAAUCAAAUUACUAAGAAUCCAGAAAGACCGAUAAUGAUGAAGCAGCACGAGCGAGGUUUGAGUUUGAAAUUAACUCAAGGAAAAGUAAAUUUCGACAAAGGAGUGAGUCAAAAAAUUGACAUCAUCGAGGAUAUAAAACUACCGCUGCAAAAUCAAGUACUCCGUUUGCAGCAAGCGGGUCUUCAGUGUAAAUUCAUUCGAGUCGAUGAGGAAGGCGAGAAUUUAAAUUCCCUCCUCUGCGAAGAGGAAAUUCCCGGAUCGCCAACACCGGGAAUUGACGUCAUUGAUCACGAAGCCCCGGGUACUUCGCACACGACACCAAAAGCAAAGAUCCCCGACAAUUCCCUCGUUCUCAUGGAAAUGCCAUUCGCAAGUGCACCAACGUCAAGUCCAACCUCUUGCGCCACAAUAUCAACAUUAAGUAUGUCCCUACCGCAAAAUGCAGGUAGCAAUCCCCUAAUUUCGGUGCCAAUGCAACAACCGAUCCCAAGGCAGGAAAUUCCUCGACAAGAGAGCAAUGAAGCUGCACCGGUGAUGGACAAUACACCGCCAACGACGCCCGAUUCGAGUAUAUCGAAUAUGUGUGAAUCGCCGAGGGAAGAGGGUACGGCGGGUUCGAGUCCAAUGAGUGGCGAUGAUAAUAAUUUGAAGCAGCAUCGUGACAGUAGUGAAAUGGAGAAUGAUGGGAAAAUCGUGGGUUUGAGUGAGGAUGAUGGUUCGUUGAUGAAUCUCGAGGGACAGAGUGUGGAGAGACCGAUGAAGCAGAUGAAAAAGACGACGUCGAUGGCAACCACGACGACGACGACGACAACGACGACGAUGAUGAUGGCUAUUGAUGAGACGACGGUGACGAAGAAGAGAAAACGCAAUAGAUCACAAACGGAAUUGGGCAGUAAUUCGGGGAAAAAAUCGCCGAGACAAUCGGGAAGAAGUGGAAGACAUGGCGCUGGGAGUGAUAGUGAUGAUACUAGCGAGGAAUCGAAUCAAUGCAGUAGCGCUAAUUCUAUUCCGACGAAUCAUAGUAAUGUCACAUUGACGGAGUUGAAUAGUUAUUCGUCGAGGUCGCCCAGGCCAACGAAGUACAAUUUCUUUGUCGAAUUGAAUCCUGAGUGGGAUGGAAGUCAAAGAAUAGCGGUUCUUCAACAAAAACUUUGUGAACUUCGGAAAACUUAUAAUGCAGUUAAAGUGGAAUUGGCAACUAUUGAGAGACGUCGAAAAAAGCUCAAAAGACGAGAACGAGAAGCAAUCAAAGCAGCCAAAGCAGAAAUGCAACAAGCCUGUUCGUGAUGAGAACCAAGCCAUGGGCGUCUCAGGAAAAAUUUCUUGUACAGAACAACUUCCAGCAUUUGAAAAA